AUUAUAUAGUGAACAAAGCGGUUAUGUCCCUUUCUAUGUUAACUAUUGCACAAAAGGUUUAUGAUAAAUGUAGGUGGUUCAUUCGGGUCAAAAACUUCGAAAGCGAAACUACUUCCCGCCAAUUACGCCACUAAAGUCAAAAUCAUCAAAUAACAAGUCAGUAUGUCGUCCACAUCUGCCAAACACCGGAACUUUGUGUCCGAGCCAAUGGGAGAGAAACCUGUGACGGAGCUAGCUGGAAUAGGCGAAGUCCUAGGAGGGAGGCUCUGCGAGGCAGGAUUUGAUAAGGCGUAUGUGGUACUGGGGCAGUUCCUGGUGCUGAAGAAAGAUGACGAGUUGUUCCAAGAAUGGCUGAAGGAGACAUGUUCUGCAAAUGCCAAACAGUCUCGGGACUGCUACACAUGUCUGAAAGACUGGUGUGAUUCCUUCUUGUGAGAUGCCUGCCCUGUCACAUCAUGCUUCUGUCCACACGUUCUUGUGCAUAUUCUUGCUUCUUUGUUCCAAGUUGCUUCUAAAUCCACUUUUGUCAAAACAGGAUAUUGCUAGGUUAUAGAGGUGAAACGAUACAUCCAUGCACCGUGAGUUUUCAUGCGCCGAUACGAUACAUUUAACUCUGUGUCGAUACAAGACGAUACACUUGCUAAAAUACAUACUGCUUGUUUAAUGCCCCCCCCCCAGCGUUUUUGUCAGUAAAAAAUCGCAAAGCGUGUUGUAGUUCACCACUAAAAAACGAAUAAGUGUCUACAGCUAGCUUUUCCUUUUGUACCUGCCCUGAAAUAUUUAUAGUCAAGACGUAUCCACACUAUUUGACGAAAAUAUGCAUAUGGCGAUACGUAUCGUAUCAUGGCCUUUGUAUCAUGAUACGUAUCAUUGUGACCUUGCUGUAUCGUUUCACCCCUACUAGGUUGUGAUGAGAGCUACAGAUCACACUCACUGCCAAGAAACAAAACAGUACUGCACUGCAGUAGAACACAAAGCAAUAAACCUAUGGAACAUGGACCAAAGAAAUUAAAUUGUUCAAGAUUUAUCUACCAGGCUAGCAGUUAUUUCUGUAAGGGUUGUUAAUACAGUAUCACUAUAUUAUCAAUGUGCUGUGAUUAUUUUGCCUUUGAUAAAGUUUGAAGGAGUGGAUCCUUUUAAAUUGUUGGCUAUUUGUCAUAAAUAAGAUAUCCAUAUUCAGUGUAUAGCCAUCUUGUUUGUUUGUAAUGCUUUGGUAGGGUUAAUUACACAGUAUGACACAUAUUUAUUGCCUUAAGAUGACCUGUUUUAAUAACUUGGGCUGAAAGUUGGGUCGCAGACUUGUAUGCAAAUAGUAGUUGCGAAUAAUGAUAAAAAUUAAUGGGUCAAGGUGCCAUUUUGGGCAUUUCAGCAGUAAUGUUUUAAUGUAAGAACCCAACAUCCUUAAUGUUUUACACUAGAGAAUUGGAGAAAGGACACUCUUGCUUCAGGAAGAUCUAUGUUGCAGUGCAAUAACUGUUCUAAGCCAAAAUGUCAGCUUCCAUGUUCAAAUCUAGACGCUUUUUCUAAAUGGAGUAGGCUGAUCUUUGAUCAAAGUAGAAGAAAGGGCAGGAGUUAUCUAUUAGCUUAUUUUGCACUUCACAAUAUACAAAGUCCUUAUCAUAAAGAUACUUGGUGAUGCUGUGGUGACACAAUGAAUUAAUUAUUCAUCACCAUACACAUUGAUCGGAGCUAAGGUAAUUAUGAUAACUGAGAGAUUAUAUAUGUACAUUUAGCAAAUGGAAAUUUUUCAUUUUAUGUUGUAGCGAUGUUCAUUAAACUCUUAUUAUAAUAAC